CAGUAGUGCCUAGAGGAGAUUCGAUUAAAGAUUCGCUGGUUUUCUUGAGCGAUCUUUCUUUUGCUUUCUGUAACAUCUUUUUUCUUCUUCUUUUCUUUUCUUUUCUUUUAAUUGGUGUUGGUCAUGGAGAGAUCUGAUUCUAGAGAUUCCUACAAGUUACCUCGAGCUUCAUCAGAUACUAAUAAAAGUACACUCUUUGACUCAUCUCAAUAUGAGUUCUUUGGUCAAAGUCUUGAAGAAGUUGAAUUGGGAGGUCUUGAUGACGCUGUUCUCGGACAUGCCAAUGAUGAUGAUGGGUAUCUUUUGUUUGAUAAAAGAGAGGGUGUAUGUUUAGGAUCAUUAUCUGACAUGGACGAUCUUGCCACAACUUUUGCUAAGAUGAACAGAGAUGUCACCGGCCCCAAACACCCUGCCCCUGGAGUCAUUGGUGACAGAGGAUCAGGUUCCUUUUCAAGAGAAAGUUCUUGUGCUACAGAUUGGACACAGGAUAAUGAGCUCACAAGUUGGUUGGACCAGCACAUGCUUGAAGAGCAAGCUCAGGAAGCUAGCUGGUCUUCACAGCGACACUCAUCAGCUAACUCAAAUCUUUGUACAGGACAUCCUCAUAUCCUGAGCAGCAAACGCAGCUGCAGCACUAUUUGAUUAUUCUGUAAAUAUUUGGUUCUUCUAAAUUUUAUUUGUAAUUUAUCUAAUUAUUUUAAUAUGAUUUAUAUGUAAUUUUUAAAAUAAAUAUGACAUACCAAAUCAAUAAAUCAAAAAUUAAGUA